AUGGCAACUGUGGAAGUACAAGGACAGCCCAGGGCCCCAGCCAUUAAUUCAGGCCUCCCGGAAAGCCUGAGUGGUAUAGAAGGUUCCGUCUCCAGAGCUCAGCUCGGCUGGUUGCGCCCUACAGCUGCCGACACACCAUUCGCUGAAAUGCGCCGGCGCCUGUUCGAGGAUGAUUAUGUUUUCAUCAAGGGGCUGCUGCCACGGGAGGAUGUUCUGAAGAUGCGAGAGCACUAUUUCUCUCAGUUCCAAAGCUUUGGCUUGCUGAAGCCUGGUACGGAUCCUGUUGAUGGGAUCUACAACUCGGCGGAGGAUGUGUCCAUGCACAAUGGCAUUGAUGGUGGCGAGCCAACAGGAGAGGAGCUUCAGGCCCUUGUGGCAGCCCAUGUCCAGCAGCAUUACCUGGAUUUCGUGGCGCACCCCAAGCUCCGCAGCAUGGUCCGCAAGUUGACGGAGUGGGACGAAGAAGUCAUGUUGAUGAGAACGAUGCUUCGUCAUAACAUCCCUGGAGGUAAGAGCACCGGCUUGCAUUACGACAAGCUUUUCCUCCGAGGCGGAGAGGCAUUCUUUUUGACUGCCUGGGUGCCGAUUGGCGAUGUCGGCUCCAGCGGUGGAGGAUUGUUCUAUCUGGAGGACAGCACAGAGCUGGCCGAUGGCAUCGAAAACGACUUCAACGAGCGGGCCAAGGACUUCUCCAUCGAGGAGAAGAUCUCGGCCUUCAACCGUAAUAUGACUGCCACCGGAGUACUCUCGUUGGACCCAACGGUGUUUCAAGAAGACAACGCACAUCUGUCGAAGAAGAAAAGGUUCAGGUGGCUCGUCGCCAAUUAUGAAGCGGGUGAUGUGGUAUUCCAUCUGCCUUACACCAUCCAUUCAGCCGGUGCAAACCAGGACACUUCUGGGCGUAUCAGGUUGAGCACCGAUCUGCACUUCCACGACAAGAAGGACUUCGACGCUGGGACCAUUGACAAGCGGUGGAUGAAGUUCUGGACUCCACAAGAUGGCCUUUGA